UUAAAGAUAUCAUGGUUAAAUUUGUGUAUCAGCUAACGUGUCCAAUCAAACUAUUACAAUUGAAAAAAAAAAUGAAGGGAGUAAUUGCUACUGCUUCCAAAUCAAUCACAUUUUUAGUGCAGAAUAUACUUCUAGUAGGUGAUAAAACGCUAGCAUGUAAUGAGUAUGGAGUAAUUUUUUUAAUCAAUGACAAAAAUUGUCGGUGUGAUGGAGUUACCCUUAAAAGCCAUGCCACAACACAAAAUAACCAUCCAAUUAAAAGAAAAUAAAAGAAAAUAAAAUGGGAGGAAAGCAAUUGAAGGUAUUGAUGUAUCCAUGGUUAGCCAUUGGUCAAAUAAUUCCAUAUCUUCACCUUGCUAACAAACUUGCUGAGAGAGGUCACAUUGUCACUCUCUUACUACAAAACAAGGCCAAACAAUUGUUACAAUCUAAAAACUAUCAUCCAUCCUUUAUAACCUUACAUACAAUCACCAUCCCUCAAGUUCAUCCACUCCCUCCCGGUACGGAAACCGCCUCGGAUAUUCCCUUCCACCUCCAAACCCACCUCGCCACCGCUUUAGAUCUCACUCGGGUUGAGUUUGAGUCUAUUCUUGUUAGACUUCAACCCGACCUUAUCUUUUACGACUUCACCUAUUGGGUCCCAGAGGCAGUGGUUGCCUCUGGGUCCCAGGCCAAGUGUGUGGCUUACUAUAUAGUUUCUACCGCGACCAUGGCCUUUAGGAUGGUCCCAUCUCGAGACCCACCAAAGGGCAGGGCCGUGGUAGAGGAGGAUGCUUGUGUUGCGUGUGCUCCACCAGGCUACCCUUCGUCCACAAUCAUCUUAGAGCCUAAAAGGAUGCUUGGCUUGUACAUGCCAUUCGGCGAGGGGGUGACCUUCUAUGAGCGGAUCACCACCUCGCUCAAGAGUAGCAACGUCAUUGCCAUCAAGACAUGCCGAGAGAUAGAAGGCAAGUAUUGUGACUACUUGUCUAAGCAGUAUGAUGAUAAGCCUAUCCUCCUCUCGGGUCUAGACCUUCCCGAACCUCAAGAGGGAGAGCUAGAAACACGUUGGGAAAAUUGGCUAAGCCAAUUCAAACCAGGAUCAGUGGUUAUUUGUGUCUUUGGAAGCCAAGUUGUACUCGACGUGGCCCAAUUUCAAGAGCUCCUACUCGUGUUUGAAAUGACAAAAUUACCCUUCUUAAUCGCAUUCAAUCCCCCCAUGGGUUGCACAACCGUGGAGGAGGCAUUCCCCGAGGGGUUUGUUGAUAGGAUCGGUGAUCGAGGGGUGGUGACGGGAGAGUGGGUACAACAGCAACAAAUACUAGCACACACAUCGGUCGGAUGCUUUGUGAGCCAUUGUGGAUCAGGGAGUAUAUGGGAGUCAAUGAUGAGUAAAAAUCAAAUAGUGUUGAUACCACAACUACAAGAUCAAGUAUUAUUCUCAAAAAUAUUUACGACGGAAUUGAAAGUGGCUGUUGAAGUAGACCGAGGAGAGGAUGGAUAUUGGGUGUCAAGGGAGAGUUUGAGUAAAGCUAUUAAAUCUGUAAUGGAUGAUAGUAGUGAGAUUUGUGGUUUGGUUAAGAAAAACCAUGAAAUUUGGAGGCAAAAAUUAGCUCAACCUGGAUUAAUGAGUGGUUACUUCGACAAAUUUGUUAAGGAUUUGCAAGCACUCGUUAGUAAUAAUAAUGUAAUUUGAAUGUUGGUGGAUGUUCCUCUCAAAGUUGUCUCCUUUAAAUUGUUGUCAUAGGGUUAGUGUCGAUCUUCAAGUUGGAUUCGGUUGCUUUAUUUGUUUUUGAUGUUUACUACUUACUCCAUUAUUUUAGCUUAUUAAUUACACUUUUA